CGCCAGAGGGCUGGCCGCGAGGCAGGGGUGUGCGCGCAACGCCUGGGGCUGUCUCCACCUCUUCUGGCAAGUUGGACCUAUGAGUGCGCAGCUCGACUUACAACUAUCAACAGCCUGGGCGGGUGAGCGCGUGUGAGCGCCUAGGGGGGCUCAGGACCCUUGCAACUUCUUCGCGGGCCCCCCGCUGUAACGCCAGUGUCCGCUGCCACAGGAGAACUCCGCGCGCGCCUCCUUUCCAGAACAGUGGAGGCGUCCCGGGGGGGCCGUCCUGCCAGCCCGGACGGGAUGCCCACAGCCAUGCUCCCCUACGCCUGCAUCCUGUUGCUUUUGGGAGCCCGCACCACAGAGGCGACUGGGACCGCCGGGGGUAGCCGUCUACACCGGGAACCCCGCUGCCAACAGCCCGCGCCCAGCAGAGCCCCCGUCACUGUGCUGCUGCCCCCACGCCUCGACGGGCCCUGGGUCUCUACCGGCUGUGAGGUGCGCCCGGGACCCGAGUUCCUCACCCGCUCCUAUACCUUCUACCCUAACCGCCUCUUCCGAGCCUACCAGUUCUACUACAGGGACCCUUUCUGCCGGGAGCCUGCCCACUCCCUGCUCAUCAAGGGCAAAGUCCGCCUGCGCCGGGCCUCCUGGGUCACCCGAGGGGCCACCGAGGCCGAUUACCACCUGCACAAGGUGGGCAUCGUCUUUCACAGCCGCCACAGCCUGCUCGAUGUCACCAGGAGUCUCAACCAGACCCGGGUGGGCCAGGACUGUGCCCGGCGGCUGCCCCCAGCCCGGGCCUGGCUGCCCGGGGCCCUGUACGAGCUGCUGAGCACCCGGGCCAAGCAGGACUGCACGGAAGCCCUGGGCUUCACCAUGCACGAGCUCAGCCUGGUCCGCAUGCUACGGCACCUGCAGCCGCAGCCUCGGGCUGGGCCCCGGCUGGUGGAGGAGCUCUACCUGGGGGACAUCCACACUGACCGAGGGGAGAGGUGGCACUACCGGCCCACGGGCUACCAGCGCCCGCUGCAGAGUGCCCUGCACCACGCCCGCCCCUGCCCUGCGUGCAGCCUCAUCGCACGCUCUGACGAGCACCACCCACCCGUGCUGCCCCCCCAGGCGGCCCUGCCCCUGCGCCUGGGGGGCCGGUGGGUCAGCCCCGGGUGCGAGGUGCGCCCCGCUGUGCUGUUCCUCACCAGGCUCUUCACCUUCCAUGCGCACAACCGCUCCUGGGAAGGGUAUUACCGCCACUUCUCAGACCCCGCCUGCCGCCAGCCCACCUUCACGGUCUAUGCCGCGGGCCACUACACCAGGGGCAGGCCCUCCAGCAAGGUCCUCGGUGGCACCGAACUGGUGUUUCAGGUCACGCGGGCCCGAGUGACUCCCAUGGACCAGGUCACCACGGCCAUGCUCAACUUCUCCGAACCGAGCAGCUGCGGGGGCCCGGGGGCCUGGUCCCUGGGAACCGAGCGGGACGUCACAGCCACCAACGGGUGUCUACCGCUGGGCAUCAGGCUCCCCCACGUGGAGUACGAGCUUUUCAAGAUGGAGCUAGACCCCCUCGGGCAAAGCCUGCUCUUCAUCGGACAAAGGCCCACGGACGGAUCAAGUCCCGACACCCCGGAGAAGCGCCCCACCUCCUACCAAGCACCCCUGGUGCUCUGCGACGGGGUGGCUGAGGCAGUGUCUGGACCCCUGCAGCACAGGCCUCUGCCGAAGCCCUUCCAUGGUGGGGGGCCGUGUCCUCCAGCGGCCCCUCUCCCCGUCCUGCCCCUGGCUCUAGGGCUGGCCUUCCUCAAGGGGCUGUGAAAUCGGUCUCUGAGCUCUAGACCACCGCUCGGGACACUCGGUGCCCCGCGGCCUCCCUCCAGGCACAGACUCCUCUUGCGUUGGCGAGAAGGGCCCCUGCUCUACCCUCCGCUCGGCUGCGGAUCCUCCCGGUCCACUGCUGUCCGCCAGCCUGGGCCCCACAGUGCUCAGCCCCCGAGUCCCACGGCACCUGCAAGGCCUGCCCUCGAGUGCUGGCCGUGAACCUGGGCGUGGCCAUGGCCAGGGCUCUGCGGCUCUAAAUGCAAGCUCCUGGUUUUCUGGGGUGGUUGGAGGACAGCAGCCCCUUCUCCCACCCUGUCCUUGGCGUUUUGUGGGACGGGAGCGAGGCCCUGCAUGGGGAGGCCACCGCCACUCUGCCGAGCCUGUGGAUUCUUGUUUUAAAGAUUAUUAGUUUGAAUUUAGCAAUACAAACUCAAACCAGGGCUAUGCAUUAAAGAUGCUGCUUCGGGCUUUCGGUGCUUGGUGGCUUUCUGGGAGAAUGCCUGUCUCUUCGGGGCGACUCGGCUUUCCUGGGUUUGACUGUGAGUCGGCGAGUCAGGCUUGGAGCUGUCGACACCGUACGCGGCUCAAUCCGGCCCUCCCAGGCCAGGAUGUGAAGAAAGCCGCCUGUGGGGGCCCACAAGGGCGCUCCCCUCGCCCACACCCGGCUGGCUGCUGGGGGCAGGUCUGUGGGGGAGCGCAGCGCCUGCCGCCUUUGGAAAGUAAUUAAUACUAACGACAGCGGUGACACUAAGGUGCUCCGUAAUCAGCCUUGUACAGGUGUCCUCUGCUUUCAGGAUUCUCUGCACUCAACUGACGAGGAGGCAGAGACCUCCGAAUGGAUCUUUGGAACCAUCCUAAGGAGAGGUUGGGGUCACCAGGCCGCAUGGCAACCUCUGGAGGGGGACACAGCCUGCUUGCCCCUGUGCUAAGGUGCCAAUGUCUUCCUCUGCUAGGAGGAGGCUGUCAUCCAGGUGGGGGACAGGCUGUGCCUCUGCAGGGACCCUGCCCGUGUUCCCGAGGCUUCAUCUGCACGCUGCGACAUUGACUGGGAUCCUCGUGGGCUCGAGGGUUUUGGGGACUCUGUACCUAGGACUCGCCCCUCCUUUCUCCCCCAGAUCCUUAUCUCUGGCUCUUACCACUGAUCUUGAACAAUUGUCUGUGAGGUUACUGAUGCUUUCAGAGGGAAGCCCUGGUCCUCCGUUAGACUAUGUGGGGUUCCAUCAGCCCACUGAAAUGGCUCUAACUUAUCUACCCAUUGUUCUUAAAAAGAAGAAAGACCCACCAAGUUAAUAUUCUCUGUAGGUCUCAGAGAGCUACGUGUGUUCCCAGAGUAUUUACCAAAGUACAAGAAGUAAUUAGAUUAUUUACGGUCUCAGACUGCAUCGGGUGGGGGGUGUGGUUCCCAGUGGGGCAGAGGGUGGGUGGCGAUAAUGUGUCCAUGGCUCAGCAAGUCUUGUAUCUGAGGCUCGAGGCAACCAUGACGCCAUUUGUCAUCAAAUUUGAAUCUUUUAAUAAAAUUAAACA